UAGUAGCUUUUACAGUAUUUGUAGGAAAUAUUAACUAUAUAUAACAUAUUUUGUAUAGAAUAUGAAUCAUAUAAUAUAAAUAACAGAACACCUGUUCGAGAAAUGUAACCUCUUAGCGUUUCGAUAAACCCCGCUAUCGGACUUGUCCGUACUUUGGGAGUUAAAAUAAUACUAUGAUUUUUUUGAAAAUAUAUUUAUUAAAAGUUCAUAAGAUCGUUAACUUUUUGUAAACGAUACAAAACAUGGAACUUGAUGCAGGAGCACAAUUAAUAGCAGAGGACAGUGAUCAGGAAGAGGAAGAACUAACUGCUCAAAGUGUUUUAUUAGCGAUAGAGGAAGCUUGGCUAAACGAAAAAUUCGCUCCUGAGAUUUUACCACACCGGUCUGAUUUGAUUGAGUGCAUGUUGCAGCAAAUCACACAUAUGGAAGAAAACAUGAAGAGGUUAGACAAAGGAGAUCUAAGAUUAAUGAUACAUAGAAUGGAAUUAGAUAGGAUUAAAUAUGUGAUAAGUAAUUAUCUCAGGGCUCGAUUAGAGAAAAUUGAGAAAUAUACUAUUCACAUACUUUCUCAAGAAGCUAACAGAUCUUCUGAGGAUUGUUACUUAUCAGUUGCAGAGCUACAAUUUGCGAAAGAGUUUCUUGCAAGUAUCGAAACACUUUUUAAAACAGUUGCUUUGCAACAUAUGCCUGGAAAUUUUCAGACAUUUGAAGUUGAUACAUUAGCUGUAAAACCUAAUAUGCAAGCAUAUGUAUUUUUAAGGGCUAAUGAUAGAAUUAAUGGAAUCUUACUUCCUGGUUCAAUGGACGAAGAAAUAGAUCUUGAACCAGGUUCCCAACAUAUUAUACAAUAUAGUGCUGUAGCCGAUUUAGUUAAAACUGGUGCUGUUAAAUUAAUCUAAUAUCUUAUACAAUUUAAUAGUCUGAAUAAAGAAAUCUAAUACUUUUUAUAGUCAUUGUAUAA